AUGGACGACCGCACGGUGGACAGGAUUUUUGCGGGCUCGCUCGAGCACCGCCUGCCACCCGUCAGCUCCAAGAUUGUGCGCAUCUUCACCAGUUCCACUUUCACAGACACUGGAAUGGAGAGGAACACUCUGAUGGCGCAAGUGUAUCCAAAGCUAAAAGAUUACUGCAGAGAAAAGCACGGGCUAGAAUUUCAGGUGGUGGACAUGCGAUGGGGCGUGCGAGACGAAGCCACUGACGACCACAUGACAACCGAGCUGUGCAUGAGGGAGAUCAGCAAUUGCCAGCGUCUCUCAAUGGGGCCCAACUUUGUGUGCUUUCUGGGCCAAAAGUACGGAUACAGGCCAAUUCCAACGUACAUCGUUUCGGCGGAAUUGCAACUGCUGCGGGACGAAUUGACUGCCUUGAAUGUUGACGGCAGCACUCUUGACCUCUGGUACAAAAAGGACAGCAACGCCGUGCCGCCCGUUUCGGUGCUGCAGCCGAUUUCCUCAAUCCUCGUCAAUUUCAACAAUAAGCGAGUUCCGAAGCUGCAGCAGCAAGACCAGGCCAUUUGGUGGGACACGAUGGUCCGAAUGCAAAAGCUGCUGCGCAAAGCGUCGCAGUCGCUGUUCAACGGCGGCAAAAUCGACAAAGACACCAUGCACAACUAUUUCAUGUCAGUGACAGAGCGAGAAAUUAUUAACGGCAUUCUAAAUGUGAAAAACACCAAGAAUCACUGUCUCGGUUACGUCAGGUACAUCAACAACAUCAAUCUGCAAAACCUGAAAAAAGCCUCACUUUUUAUCGACAUUCUGAACCGGAGUCUCGACACGGAAGCUUGCAAACUGAUGGCGGACCUCAGGGACGUUCGCCUGCCAAACAAAAUUGAGGCCACUAAUUUGCAAAGGUACACAAUUGAAUGGAUCGGGCGAGAGGGUCUGGAUCCCGACACGCACUCCGAGUACCUGCAGCACUUCAUCACGCACUUCUACAAAAACAUGGUGAAGCUAAUAGACCGCGCCAUGCGGAAAGAGGACUCGAGCGCCCAGGGGCAGAUCGUGACGGAAAUCUUGCAGCACAUGAACGCGUGCAACAACUGCGUCGAGGUGUUUUACGGUCGGGAGGACACCCUUGAGCGGAUCAGGGCGCACCAGCAGGACCCCGAGGCCAAAAAACCACUGGUCCUGUACGGCGAGGGCGGCUGCGGCAAAACCUCAAUGCUCUCAAAGGCGGCCUCCAUGUCGCCAAAGUGGUUUCCCGGCUCUAAGCCGAUUUGCAUAAUUAGGUUUCUUGGCACCACGCCUGACUCAAGCAGUCUCCAGCCGACCCUCGUGUCAAUUUGUCAACAGGUUUCUUACAACUACAUGUUGCCCUUUGAAGACAUUCCCGACGACUUAGUGCCCCUGACCGCCUACUUCAAGUAUCUUUUGACAAUUGCCACGAAGGAAAUGCCGCUGCUUCUUUUCCUCGACUCGAUCGACCAGAUGACGGGCGCGCAGGGUGCAAAUAAAGUUUCCUGGCUGCCGACGAAAAUCCCGCCCUACUGCAAAAUUAUCUUGACGUGCGCCGCAGAGGCAGACAACCCAGAAAUUUCCAGGGACUACCACCUGUUGAGGCGGAUGAUUGAUGCCGAUGAGAAUUUUAUUGAGAUAACCGAUUUAGGCGAAGAUUUGGCCAUGCAAGUUAUAAGAAUGUGGAUGCAAAAAGCGUGCAGGGACUUGACAAAUUACCAGUGGCGUUUGGUGGCUAAUGCCAUUUCCAAAUGCUCCCUCCCCAUUUUCGUCAAAUUGGUUUUCGCCGAGAUUUGCCGAUGGAGGAGCUACACUCGACCGCAGGAAACUUAUUUGGCGUCGACAAUCAUGGAUUCGAUUAUGAUGCUUUUUGAGAGAAUUGAAAAACAGCAUGGGAGGUUGUUGGUUUUCCACGCCUUGGCGUACAUCACUGCGGCCAAGAGCGGUCUGUCCGAGUCCGAGUUGGAGGACUUGAUUUCCCUGGACGACAAAGUCCUGGACGACGUCUAUCAAUACCACUUACCGCCUACCAGGAGGAUCCCGCCUCUCUUGUGGACGAGGAUCAGAAACGAUUUGCCCAAUUAUUUGUCGGAACGUGAGGCUGACGGCGUCAGUGUGAUGAAUUGGUAUCACAGACAGUUCCGAGAUGCAGCACGAGAGCGAUAUUUCAAAAAUAAGAAUUUGUCAAAUUAUUUCCACUCGUCCAUCGCCGACUAUUUUCUCGGAAUUUGGGGAGGAGGCGUUCCAAAGCCAUUCAAAUUUACAGAAAUUCAGAGACAUAGAUUCAAUUUGGCUUCAAAGGACAGUGCGGCUGAUCGAAAAGUUCCGACACAGCCGUUAGUUUACUACAACAAAGAGGGAAAAGUCUCAAGAUACAAUUUAAGAAAAUUCGGUGAGAUGCCGUUCCAUUUAGUGCGGUGUCAGCGGUUCGACGACCUUUACGAACACGCCCUUUUCAACUAUCAGUGGCUGCACGCGAAAUUGUCCUCAUGUCCUUUGCAGGCCGUCCUCUCUGACUUUGAAGACACGUGUUUGCAUUUAACAAACAAAGAAACUAUAAGAGAAUUGACAUUGGUGGCGGACGCGUUGAGACUGGGUGGUGCGAUUUUGGGCGUUUAUCCCGACAUGUUGGCCUCUCAGUUGGUCGGCCGACUUUUGCCUGAAAUCGGCACAAAUCCCAACGUUAAAAGGCUUCUGCAGCAAUGUGAUAAGGAAGGGCCGCACCACUCAGCCCUCAUUCCGAUGCAUCAUUGCUUGCACACACCCGGAGGUCCUCUCAAGUAUUCGCUGGAGGGCCACCAGUUCGCCGUGUUUGGUUUCAAACUCACCGCCGACUACCGCUACAUUGUUUCCGUCUCAAACAAGUUCCUCACGUGGGACUUGGCCACCAGCGAUUUGACCCGCGAGGUCAACCCGGACAUCGAGGGCAUCAUGCAAAAUUUGGUGCUCAGUCCGGACAACAGAUACGCCGCUGCCUACACAAACAACAACAAAGUCGUUUUGCUCAACAUGCUGAGCAGCGAGUUCGUGAUUUUGGCGUCGCCGUUGGAAAACGACGAGGAGAUUCACGGCGUUUUCCUUCUGAAUGCACACCUGCUCGUGCAUGGAAACCGAACGUGGGCCCAGUUUAGUCUGCAAGGCGAUUUGCAGGCAAACCACGAUGGAGCCAGUUUUGUCAGCGCCGCUUUUGCCCAGGCGGGAAAAGAGGAUGACGGCGGCUGGGUGCGUAAGCCGAUUUUGACCAUGGAAUGCCGCAGCUUGCAGACAAUGAGAUUUAUCCUGUGGAGCGGCCAAUUGGAUAAGCCAGACAUGAUGCUAAUCGCGAGCAACAGCGAAGGACUUAAAAUGGAGCCGCUCGCUUUUCACAGUGCAAUGGCGCAAAACGGCGAGUGGACCAAAGUUUACUGCAUGACUAAGGACAAAGGCGUGGUUGAGGCUUGCGUGGAAGGCGCAACUUGGAGGGUCAACAAGGAGUUUGAAGACCCGGGCGAACAACUUUUGCAGCUUAAACUCGACAAAGAGGAGGAGAAUUUGUUCGGAACAACUUGCAAUGGCUUUAGAAUCUGGAACAUUGAAAGCUGCACGAUGAAAUCAUUCACUCUUGCGCACAGCGUUCGAAACAUUUCGACGAAAAUGCUGCAGUCCAACUCAUGCGUACUUUCAUUAUCCAAAGAUAUUCUCGUCGCGGCAGUCAGGAAAAGUUUGUACGUGUGGAACGUCGAGUCGGAGCAACUGCUGAAAGUUCUCGACGCUCAUUUCGGCAGAAUUAUUUCUCUCGAGCCUCUGACUAUUGGCAACUGGAAUUUGAUAAUAACUUCAUCGAUCGACAGAUCAGUCAAGGUCUGGAACAUAAAUAACAUUUUUGAGCAAGUUCACGCGAUCGACAGGCAUGAACUGCAAAUCGACGCAAUCACAAUCGCGCAAGACGCCUGUCUGGCUAUUACCGUGACGAGGGGUUGCGUCGGAGUGUGGGACUUGUUGACAGGCACCCAACAGGCCCGGCUGGCCGACAGUCCUUUGGGUGCAAUCGUCACUCACGCCGAGGUCACCUCGGACGGCAGGUACAUCGUGUCUGCCGAGUCGGGCAACUUGAUCAUUUGGAAUCGCGCUCUGGAGAGCGUCAUUUUUAAAGAGGAGCAGCCCAACAUCAAACAGAUUCUGCUGCUCAACAACGGAGAAAGGUUCUUGACGGCCUCCGGUCCGUCCGAGGGCGCUACAGAGGGAUUAUUAGUGGUAAGAACUUUGCCUGACGGCGAACGCGUUUGGGCUGCGAACUUCACGCUACACUCGAGUUUCAAGCCGGCCGUCGUCACUUGCGAUAAUGAGCACAUUGUGAUUUGCAACCAGGAGGACGCCUCGGCUGCUCCAAAAACAAGCAAAAAAGCGAAUUCGCGGCGAGGUAGCGUUUCGAGCACCUCGGGCAGUCUCCACUCGUCCAGGAGUAGCAAAUCCAGUCGCUCGGGUUCAGCUCGGAGCCGCUCGAAUUCCGUAGGUUCGACAUCCUCCGGCGGCACAGGCCCCACCACCAAAGAAACUCUGCUGGUGUUUGACGCAGAAACCGGCAACCUGAAUGCAAAAUUCCAACUAAAAUCCGGGAAGGAAGUGUUGCAAAUUCUGGCGAUGCCCAACAAGGCGAACCUGGUGGCCGUGAUUGAUUCGGAUAAAGCGACCGUGGUCGAUAUUCGCGGCGGCGGCAAUGGCACAAACGCCAAAGUUUCGAGGACGAUCCAGAAAUGGGGUGGCUGCUGCACGCAGGACGGCAAGUACGGCCUCUACGCCCCGACGCGCGGCGGUUUGCAGCUGCUGGAACUGAAACACGGAGCGACUGUCAAAACAUUCAUCCCAAAAGUUGCUGAGGGUGUUUUUACUGUCAUGUCGCUGUUCAAUCAAACGGACGAGUAUGUGCUCUACUACCACAGUGGCAGAAGAACUUUGCGAAUUUUCAAAACCGCAGACGCGAGUAUGAUUGCAAAUUACAAGGUGCAGGCCGAGUUGAGCGCGAUCGCGAGCACCAAAGAUGGAAAGGCGUUGGUGUUGGGCGCGGUUGAUGGAUGCAUCUCGGUGCUCGCCCUCGCCGAUCCGAGCAAACCAGAAAUGAUCUCUUUCCUGUCCACUUUGCCCUCGAGAGACGAAAAAUGGAAAAAGGAGUCCAUGUUAAAACACCACGAAAUCGACGACAUCAUUCAGGACGCGGAAAAGCAGGGCGCUUGAAAAAAAUGCGUUUCGUAUAUAA